AUGUUGCCGAAGUUCUUAUUUCAAUCCUAUCCUACGGAAAAAGGCCUAUUUCUAAUACCGAAAUUCACCUUGCAAGUCAUUGGCUUCUAUCCGGAGCACGGCAAAUCCACGCGCAUACAAGCUUGGGCCAUAUUCAAUAUCGUCGUGCUCAUCUAUGGCUGCUAUGCUGAGUUCGCCUAUGGACUGCACUAUCUACCCAUCGAUGCAAUACGCGCCCUGGAUGCACUGUGUCCGGUCGCCUCGAGUAUUAUGUCGGCCUUCAAAAUAUCUUUCAUCUGGUGGCAUCGCGUGGAGCUGGAGCGACUUAUUAAACGGGUUGGCGAAUUGAUAGCUGAGCAAAAUAAUCCUCGAAAGUUGGCCUGUAAGCGCAGUUAUUUUACGAUUGCAACACGACUCUCAUCGUCGGUGAUAUUUUGUGGAUUCUGCACAAGUACUUUGUAUACCUUACGAGCGGGUAUUGUGAAUUACUUGAGCUACUGGCGUGGUGAGAUAAUUCCAUAUGAGACGCCCUUCAAAAUGAUUUUCCCGUAUCCAUUGCUUUCUAUGCCGCUGUUUCCAUUUACUUUCACUCUCUCCCACUGGCAUGGCUAUAUUACAGUUGCAGGCUGUACUGGUGCCGAUUGUUUUUUUCUAUGCUUUUGCUUCUAUUUCGGUACACUUUUGAAAGCACUUCAAUAUGAUCUGCAGGAACUACUUGAUGAUGUUGACAGUGAGGUGAGUAAGAACUAUGCAGAAUGUGAGAUCGAGGAGAGUUUGAAACACAUUGUAGCGCGUCAUAAUGAGAUUAUCGAUUUGGUUAAAAAAUUCUCGACGCUCAUGUCGGGCUUGACCUUGGGCCACUUUGUGACAUCGAGCGUUAUUAUUGGAACUUGUGUGGUGGAUAUGUUGUUGUUCUCCGAUUAUGGCAUCUUCGUCUAUGUGGUUCAUACUAUGACCGUUUUCUCCGAGCUAUUCCUUUACUGUCUAGGUGGCACUGUGGUCAUCGAGUGUAGCUCUCAGAUAGCCACCACGAUCUACUGUACCAAAUGGUACACUCAUAAUCUGCGAGUUCAGAAAAUGGUGCUCCUGAUCAUGAUACGCUCUCAACGGAGCUUGGUUGUGAAAGUGCCAUUUUUCGCUCUAUCGUUGCCUACUUUGACUUCGAUCCUACGCUUCUCUGGCUCUCUGAUUGCCCUGGUACAGUCGAUGAUUUAGUUAUCAUACUUGGCUUAAU